UGUUUCCUUUGCUUUUAAUGGAACUUCUCGGUGAUCUAAAACGGAGAAACCCAUCUCGAGUUUUGCGUGGAAGAAGUCGAACUCGGCUUCCCUCACCACCACGGGUGUUUGUUGGUUUGUUGCAGAGAAGAGAGGUGGACAAAUUUUUUUUGAGAUUUGUAAGGAAUUCUCAGCAUGGGGCUUUUGAAUCUCUUCAUCGUUGCAUCAAUUCCAGUGUUGAAAGUCCUAUUGGUUACGGCUAUUGGGUCCUUUCUCGCACUAGAUAGCAUUGGUAUUAUGGGAGAGGAUGCAAGGAAGCAUUUGAAUAGAGUUGUGUUCUUCGUAUUUAAUCCAGCACUUGUGUCCACCAACCUUGCUAAAACAAUAACAUAUGAAAGCAUGAUUAAAUUGUGGUUCAUGCCUAUAAAUAUUUUAUUUACAUUUCUCAUUGGUUCAGCACUUGGAUGGAUACUUAUACAAAUCACAAGGCCUCCUUCACAUCUAAGGGGCCUUAUCUUGGGUUGCUGUGCUGCUGGAAAUUUGGGGAAUAUGCUUAUCAUCAUCGUCCCUGCAGUCUGUAACGAGAAAGGCAGCCCAUUUGGAGAUUCUGAUGUCUGCAGUACAUAUGGAAUGGCUUAUGCUUCACUUUCUAUGGCGAUUGGAGCCAUUUAUUUGUGGUCAUAUGUGUACAAUAUUGUGCGGAUAUCUUCACGUAAGUGCACUGAAGCGAUUGAUGAAUCCACAAGUAACUCUUCAAAAGAACCUUCGACACUACUGAAUGGGAGUUGCAAAGAGCCACUACUUUCAAAGGAUUUAUCAAUCUUGGAGAACCAAUCAGACCAUUUUGCACUUCCAUGCUCUUCAUCAGAGGCAAGACCACAGGUUCCGAUUUCAGUUAAGUUUAAACAAUGUUUAAAGACGAUUUCAGAAAAGAUCAACUUGAAGACAUUGUUCGCACCUUCAACCACUGGAGCGAUUGUUGGGUUUUUUAUUGGAGUAAUCUCUCCGAUCCGAUGGCUAAUGAUCGGUGAUAGUGCUCCUCUUCGCGUCAUUGAAGAUUCUGCUUAUUUGAUUGGUGAAGGAGCCAUCCCAGCUACGACCUUGAUAAUGGGAGCAAACCUCCUUAGAGGUUUACGAGGGUCGGAUAUCCGUGUGUCCCUUAUCUUUGGGAUAAUAGUAGUUCGUUAUAUUGCACUCCCACUGUUCGGCAUUCUCAUUAUUAAAGGGGUGCUGCAUUUUGGUGUGGUGCAAUCAGAUCCAUUGUAUGCGUUUGUUCUUCUUCUUCAAUUUGCACUUCCGCCAGCGAUGAACAUAGGAACAAUUACCCAAUUGUUUGGUGCUGGUGAGAGAGAAUGCUCUGUUAUUCUUCUAUGGACCUAUGGAUUAGCUUCAAUUGCACUAACCCUAUGGUCGACCUUCUUUAUGUGGCUCGUGUCUUGAUUUUGGUUCUUCCGAGUUGAGUGUUUCUACUACCAAGGAACCCAACAAAAACCAAGCAUCACAACGUUUCAUCAAUACAAGUUAUGUUGAUGGCGUCGCCAUUAGGUGGCAUGAAAUCAUAACCUUAUGUUUUAGCUAAGAAUUCCAUUGUUGGGUGUUCGUAACGAAUGUGCAAACACGAGGAAGAAAUUAAGCAAACAAUCACAUUAUUAUUUAAAGUUGUUUGAUAGGAAUGGUUACAUUCAGCUAAGAAUUCAAUAAAUUUUCACUCUCCACCUUAAAAUGUAAUCUACCUUGUUUGUGUCUCGGUUUUCUCCGUAAAGACAAUAAUCUUACCUUUGUACAUUUAAUGGACCCAACAACGGACUCAAAUACAUAGAAACUCAACAAUAAUUAUGUGGAUCAAUAUAGGACACAAAACAUAAAUCCAAUAAUUUCCAUUUUAUAUUGGAUGCUACAAGCUA